AGAGAAGCGGUGCAACGGGAAUGAACAGACCCGCACGCGCGUAACAUAAUAAUCCAACCGUCAGUUUUCUUUAUAAACAAUUUUUUAUUUUUAAUGACAAGGACAAUUUAUACCUACGUUUACAGACUAUAUGACAAUCAACUGUGGAACGUUUUGAAUAGGACUGCUAUUAUUGAGACAUUGACCAUAACCCAUCGCUGUCUGUCUUUUAAACCGGAGAGUGAGAACCGACAAGGACGUGCCGCUAUACGGGAACGUGUAACAGUGCAGGGCAUCAGUGCAGCUCACCGGACCGGUAAACACGUCUCUAAUAACCACCGUGGAUCUAUAUUUUCCAUUUGGAAUCUUCACAGCUCUUCUCUCAGAAACGUUCUCCUCGAAGAAUCCGGUGACUCACCGCGAGGCGAAGGCAAGCCUCUGCAUUCUAAUCAGCCGCACCGGGAGAACGGAGAGGAGAACGGAACGAGCUCAUUGACAUUACAGUCAUACUUUUUGUGGAGCACUUCUACUUCGGUAGCUGAACCCGCUCCACUCGUAGCGCUGCUAGUCUGCGUCGGUCGGAGCUGGUUUGCUGGCUUCAUUCUCACCACCCGGAGAAGGAAUAGCAGGGUGACAGACCAAGCGACGGGAUUGGGUUUUAACAUAAACCAAAACCAGGGAUUAUGUGUAUUUUGUAUUUAACCUGAUACCUUUCGACAAGAGAGCGACAGAGAGAGAGCACGGGAACGCAUAACGGCUAUUCUAUCCGGUUGGAGACAGACCGGGUUACGAUUAUUCCUGAGAUGAGCCCUAGGCGUUCAACUGAAUUUAAAUUAGGUGUCCACGAGCACCAGCGUUUUCUAUAAAGGAAAGGAGAGCGAGAGAGAGAGAGAGAGAAAAAGGGGAAUUUAAAUCGGUGCUCUAGAAUGACUUCUACAUUCCACGAUGAACGGAACUGUGAGUUUGAUCCUGAAUGGUAGAAAUCACCCAUUUUGUGUUGGAGAAAUCAACAGGUCGGAGUCGGAGGCGUAAAAAAAAAAAUCGCUCCAAAUUUUAAAAAAAACCUCUCACCGAAGGAUGUAUCUUUCCAUUUUAUUUUUCCUUCUCCUUUGGGCUCAAGCCCUGGCUUUGAAAAACUUGAAUUAUUCCGUUAACGAAGAGCAAGGACCGGGGACGGUUAUAGGCAACAUUGCUAAAGAUGCUAAACUCGGUCUCGGGCAAGGGGGACAAGGGAAAAAAUCAAACUUCAGAGUUCUGGAGAAUUCAGCGCCGCAUCUCAUCGAUGUGGACCCGGAGAGCGGGCUGCUCUAUACCAAGCAGCGCAUCGACAGGGAAACACUGUGUCGGCGGAACCCCAAAUGUCAGCUCUCCAUGGAGGUAUUUGCUAACGACAAAGAGAUCUGCAUGAUUAAGGUAGAUAUAGUCGACAUCAACGACAACUCGCCCACGUUCCCUUCCGAUCAGAUUGAUAUUGACAUUUCUGAGAACGCUGCCCCGGGCACCCGCUUCCCGCUUACUAGCGCUCAUGACCCGGACGCUGGGGAGAACGGGCUAAAAACCUACCAGAUCACACGAGACGACUACAAUCUGUUUUCUCUGGAUGUAAAAUCCCGCGGGGACGGAACUAAAUUUCCCGAGUUAGUUAUUCAACGGCCGUUAGACCGGGAGGAACGUAACCAUCACACCCUCAUCCUAACCGCUACGGACGGCGGGGAGUAUCCCCGAUCAGGAACCAUGCAGAUUAAUGUGAAAGUUAUUGACUCUAACGAUAACAGCCCUGUGUUUGAACAGCCCUCUUAUGUUGUAGAAAUCCCAGAAAACUCCCCACCUGGGAAAGUAUUGAUAGAUUUAAACGCCACAGACCCAGACGAGGGUUCCAAUGGUCAGGUGGUUUAUUCAUUCAGCGGUUACGCCCCGGAUAGAAUCAGAGAACUCUUCUCUAUAGAUUCUAGAACGGGAGUCAUAAAAAUACAAGGAGAGAUUGACUACGAGGAGAACCCUAUUAUAGAAAUAGAUGUUCAGGCUAAGGAUUUAGGCCCUAACCCCAUCCCAGGCCACUGUAAAGUAACUGUGAAUGUGAUUGACAGGAAUGACAACUGGCCCUCUAUAGGGUUUGUGUCUGUGAGGCAAGGGGCCAUUAGCGAGGCAGCACCACCAGGCACGGUCAUCGCCCUGGUCAGAGUCACGGAUAAAGACUCUGGGAGAAACGGCAAGCUACAAUGUAGAGUCUUGGGGAACGUUCCGUUUAAACUAGAGGAGAACUACGACAACUUCUACACCGUGGUGACGGACAGGCCUCUGGACAGAGAACAGCAGGACGAGUACAACGUCACCAUCGUCGCCAAGGACAACGGCACGCCGCCCCUCAACUCCACCAAGUCGUUCACGGUGAAGAUUCUAGACGAGAACGAUAACGUUCCGCGUUUCACCAAAGCCGUGUAUCUGCUCCAGGUGCCGGAGAACAACAUCCCCGGGGAGUAUCUGGGUUCCGUCCUCGCUCUAGACCCGGACCUGGGCCAGAACGGAACCGUGUUCUACUCCAUCCUCAACUCCAACGUGAGUGGAGGAGAUGUCAACACCUUCGUGAACGUGAACGCGGCCAACGGGGCCAUCUACGCCGUCAGGUCAUUCAACUACGAACAAAUCAAAUUCUUUGAUUUUAAGGUCUUGGCGAAGGAUGCUGGGUCUCCUCACCUGGAGAGCAACUCCACGGUCAGGGUCAGCGUCUUAGACGUUAACGACAAUAUCCCCGUCAUCGUUCUCCCGCUGCUCCUGAACGACACGGCGGAGAUCCACGUGCCACGGAACGUCGGCGUAGGUUACGUCGUCACCACGGUGAGGGCGGUCGACAACGAUUACGGCGAGAGCGGGCGGUUGACCUACGAGAUCUCCGACGGUAACGAGGAGCAUCUGUUCGAGAUGGACCCUGUGACAGGCGAGGUACGGACCGCCCACCCCUUCUGGGAGGACGUCAGCCCCACGGUGGAGCUGAUCAUCAGGGUGAUGGACCACGGGAAGCCCACCCUCACCACCGCCGCACGCCUCAUCGUCAAGGCCUACAGCGGACCGCUGCCGGGCGGCGAGCCCCACAUCAACGAAGAGCAUCACAACUGGGACACCUCGCUGCCCCUCAUCGUCACCUUAUCCAUCAUCUCUAUGAUGCUGCUGGCUGCCAUGGUAACCAUCGCCGUGAAGUGCAAACGGGAGAACAAGGAGAUCAGGACGUACAACUGCCGCAUCGCGGAGUACUCUCACCCGCAGCUGGGCAAAGGCAAGAAGAAGAAGAUCAACAAGAAUGACAUCAUGCUAGUUCAGAGCGAGGUGGAGGAACGGGACGCCAUGAACGUCAUGAACGUGGUGAGCUCCCCGUCGCUCGCCACCUCCCCCAUGUAUUUCGAUUACCAGACGCGGCUGCCGCUGAGCUCGCCCAGGUCGGAGGUCAUGUACCUCAAGCCCACGGCCAACAACCUGUCGGUGCCCCAGGGACAGGGCCACGGCGUCGGCUGUCACACGUCCUUCACUGGCCCGGUGACUAACACCACAGAUACCCCCAGUAGCAGGAUGUCCAUUAUACAGGUAGGAACAAGAAACCAUUCAACUAGGUUUUUAUUGAUUUAUGUGAACCUUUGUUUGUUUAGGUGACCAGGGAAGUCACGUUAACAUUCAAAUUCCCUUCUUGUUGGAAUGGACAUUUGUGUUUUGGCUUUACAUGUGUCUGACACAGCAAACAGACAGAAAGCAGGACAGCAUUGUGAUUAUCCACCAUAUUCCUUCCUCCUACCCCUCAUCCAUCUCCCCUGCUUCAGAUCUUUUCCCUCUCUAUUUAAUGGACUGAUAUACUGGAGUGUAGGUAUAGUGUAACACGAGUGAGAGAGAGAUGGAGAUAUGGAAGAGAGAGAGAGAGAUAGAGAUGGAAAUAUGGAAAAGAGAGAGAGAGAGAUAGAGAUGGAAAUAUGGAAAGAGAGAGAGAGAGAGAUAGAGAUGGAAAUAUGGAAAGAGAGGGGGAAGGAGAGAGGGAAAUAUGGAAAGAGAGAGGGAAGGAGAGAGGGAGAGUUGUAGAUAUGGAAAGAGAGAGGGAAGGAGAGAGGGAGAGUUGUAGAUAUGGAAAGAGAGGGAGAGAGAGAUAGUUGGAGAGUUGGAGAUAUGGAAAGAGAGAGGGACAGAGUGAGAGAGAAAGAGAGAGAGAGUUUGAGAUAUGGAAAGAGAGGGAGAGAGAGAGUUGGAGAUAUGGAAAGAGGGAGAGAGAGAGUUGGAGAUAUGGAAAGAGGGAGAGAGAGAGUUGGAGAUAUGGAAAGAGGGAGAGAGAGUUGGAGAUAUGGAAAGAGGGAGAGAGAGAGUUGGAGAUAUGGAAAGAGGGAGAGAGAGUUGGAGAUAUGGAAAGAGAGGGAGAGAGAGUUGGAGAUAUGGAAAGAGAGGGAGAGAGAGUUGGAGAUAUGGAAAGAGAGGGAGAGAGUGAGAGAGAAAGAGAGGUGGGGUGCAUGGCGACAGGCAGGUCAUGCUGCACACCGUGGAGAGAGAGAGAGAGAGACAGAGACAGAGAGAGACAGAGAGAGAGAGAGAGAGAGACAGAGAGAGAGAGAGACAGAGAGAGACAGAGAGAGAGAGAGAGAGACAGAGAGAGAGAGAGACAGAGAGAGAGACAGAGAGAGAGAGAGAGAGAGAGAGACAGAGAGAGAGAGAGAGAGGAGCCGGUGACAUCAGGACAAAUGGAUUCCGUUUAAUAUUUAGGAAGAUGUAUCAUGUGGUUGAAACCCAGACCUCUUCAACCAGACGUCAUCCCGCGGACGUUUUAUUGCAGAAUGACACUUUAAUGCAUCUCUCUGUGACGGUGUGAUGUUGUUGUUUUGUUAUUUCUUUGCACUGGUUGGCUGUGUGUCUUGUACCAAAAACGCCCGUUUUUAUUCCUUCAUAGCUUGUUCUCUAUCUUCUUUUUUCAACGAGGGAGACCAUUUGUUUUCCUCAUCCUGUCUCUUGUCCCUCGGCAGCAGACAUAAUGUUGAGCGAUAUGUUUGGAACAUCAAAUCGCAUUUUCCAAAUUUGAAUACAUGUAGAAUAGUGAGAAUCGCAGUACGUAUGGCAUCAACACACAGUACGUAUGGCAUCGACACACAGUACGUAUGGCAUCGACACACAGUACGUAUGGCAUCGACACACAGUACGUAUGGCAUCGACACACAGUACGUAUGGCAUCGACACACAGUACGUAUGGCAUCGACACACAGUACGUAUGGCAUCGACACACAGUACGUAUGGCAUCAACACACAGUACGUAUGGCAUCGACACACAGUACGUAUGGCAUCGACACACAAUACGUAUGGCAUCGACACACAGUACGUAUGGCAUCGACACACAGUACGUAUGGCAUCGACACACAGUACGUAUGGCAUCGACACACAGUACGUAUGGCAUCGACACACAGUACGUAUGGCAUCGACACACAGUACGUAUGGCAUCAACACACAGUACGUAUGGCAUCGACACACAGUACGUAUGGCAUCGACACACAGUACGUAUGGCAUCGACACACAGUACGUAUGGCAUCAACACACAGUACGUAUGGCAUCGACACACAGUACGUAUGGCAUCGACACACAGUACGUAUGGCAUCGACACACAGUACGUAUGGCAUCAACACACAGUACGUAUGGCAUCGA